ACUAACAGGGACCGGAUCUUUUUGCUGCAAUGGAAACCAUAGAGAUAGAAGCAAAAAAAGGAAAAGCUUAUUUCACUCCAGAGAAGUUUUUAUCUAUUCAAGAGGCUUCUGAUCAUUUAUCUGAUUAUGCGCGGAGGAAUAAUAUCAAACCUAAUACGAUAAAUAUGAUUAAUAAUAUUCAGAAUAUGGACUCUUAUAUGGACUUCUUUAAAAAUACUAGGGAAAGGUUCUGCGUCUCCUCUCUUCAGCACGUGACUACCAAGGUGGGAGCGGAGCAGAUUGUGAUGUCUGAGGGCUUCAAAAGUAGCAAAGGGAACCUCGGGAAGUACACAGAGGGGGUGUUUUUGUCCUGGUGGAGCGCAGUAGCCCCAGAAGGUGACAUCAGCUCAUGGUCAGAUGGUGACAACUUCUCAAAGUCUCCAGCAUUGAAGGAAGAUGCCUCUAGAUAUGGAAAUUUCCGAUUCUCAUUCCCACUGUCAGAGCUCAUUUGUGCCUAUAAAGAGCAGUACUGUGGGGGCGGGGAGCCACAGCUCAGGGUGCUGGGGACAAAGAUGUUCAAGUAUGAGAUAAGCCAUGUGGUUCUUAUACACAGUCCUGGUACUGACCAGUUUGAUGACCUCCAGCCGGUACUACUCUCUGUGCAGCCCGAAAUGUAUCACGUUGAAUAUGACAGCAAAUCAUAUGACAUGAGAUGGGCACCAGAAUCCAAAUUUUCAGGGCAUAAAGAAGAGCCCCAAGGGCUCCUCUACUUUGUGUGGAACCACCUGGAGGUCGCUUUCAAUGUACCUGAAGCCGGUGCCCUGUCCUUCCCCAGACAAGCUCUGCUGGAUCACCUGUCUGCUUGUGAGCCAGGUGAACCUUAUCUACAAAGUCCUGACCCAAAGAUGACCAAAGCAAAGGCAGAUAAAAUUCUGGGAUCUCUAAAGGACAAAUACACUAAAGAGAAACCUGUAAUGCAAAUGCGAGUUCUAGCACCAAUAUCUGAAAACCGUAUGGAAGCCCUAGAGGGAGAGCACAGAGGAAAAAUAACCAAAAAGAUGUAUUAUACAGGGGAGCCCAAGAAGAUAAAGAGGUCUUUAUCAGAAGAAGAGCCCACAGGCAUCUAGCGCAGGAUCAGUGGGCGUGAGGCCCUUCUCUGCUGCCCAGAUACACAGUAGCCACCACGGGCAGAUAUCACCCGGAGGAGAGGAUCAGAAAGUGCUGCAGCCAAGUGUAACCAUCAGAAGAGCCAAUCAGAUCAUCUCCCCACCUAUAAAUAAUUUAUAUUCAUCCAUUUAAAUGGUUUAGUUAAAGGGACAUAAUACUCAUAUGCUAAAUCACUUGAAACUGAUGCAGUAUAACUGUAAAAAGCUGACAGGAAAAUAUCACCUGAGCAUCUCUAUGUAAAAAAGGAAGAUAUUUUACCUCACAAUCUCCUCAGCUCAGCAGAGUAAGUUCUGUGUAAAAAGUUAUACUCAGCUGCUCCCAGCUGCAGGUAAAAAAUAAAUAAAUGAAGAAAUGAACAGCAGCCAAUCAGCAUCAGCAGUGCUGAGGUCAUGAACUCUUACUGUGAUCUCAUGAGAUUUGACUUAACUCUCAUGAGAUUUCAUCGUAAGCUUCCUUUACCUGAUUGGUGAAAUAAUGAGAGUGCACGAAGCUCAUCCUUUCAGUUGUCCCGGGACAGACACACUAAAAUGCUGCUUAGAAAUCCUUUACAAUGGGAGGUGGCUACUGAGGAACUUUUGAGGUAAAAUAUCUUUCUUUUUUACAUAGAGAUGUUCAGGUGAUAUUUUCUAAUCAGCUUUUUACAGCUAUGCUGCAUCACUUUCAAAUGUUUAAACAUUUGGGUAUUAUGGCCCUUUAAGUAUUUAUACUUAAAGGGACAUGAAACCCGAAAUUUUUCUUUUAAUAUUCAGAGAGAACAAGCAAUUUUAAACAACUUUCGAAUUGACUUCUAUUAUCUAAUUUGCUUUGUUCUCUAGCUAUCUUUUGUUAAGAAUACCUAGGUAGGCUCGUGAGCAGCAAAGCAAUACUGGGAACUAGUCUGGAGCAAUAGAAUGUUUUUACUCUUGCUGCCAUCUAGUGCUCAAUAUCAUUCUUUUAAAACUAUCUUCAAAUAGUUAUUUAGAUACAAGCAUGACACUUACCUAGAUAUGCUCUUCAGCAAAGAAUACCAUGAGAAAGAAGUCAGUCUGAUAACAGAAAUACUUUAAAAAAAAAAUGUAUGGUCUGUCUGAAGAAAACAUUUUGGAUUCAUGUCUCUUUAAUAGUGAAAUAUAUAUUGGGGUCUAUUCCAGUCCAUAAGAGCUCUGUGAUGUGCCUUAGUAUACAAAUCACAAGUUAAUACUAUAAAAUGUAUACACAAGUAAAGAAUGAUCAUAUAUGAUUGUAAUGUGAUUAGAAAUGUAAUAUUAAUGAUAAGAUGUUCUAAUAAAUUUGACAUUUUGAUUAAACAUGAAUUGAUAUUACUGUUAAAGGGAAAAGCCUGCAUUAAACACAUUGCACAAUGCUGAA